CGUGGAAAACGUCAAUAACUCGUGAGUUUUCCAUUUUCACCCGUGUUGUUUUCGUGGUGGAAAAUCUUUCUAAUCGAAAUUAGCGAAAAACUUUGCUUUAUUUCGCGAAAUAUCGAUUCCAAUUGAAGUGUUACUAAAGCGCGCGAUUAGUGCGAUUAGGGUAGCGUACCGGAAGUGGACCAAAGGCCCAAAAUUCAUACGCAUAUGGUGAUGCGUAUCGGAAGGAAAACUCAUUAGGUGAAAAUUUUCCUCGUUUUACAAUUUUCACCCCGCACCCUUGAGGAGUUUUCCCCUAUCAGCUUGCGACAAUAAUAUGAGGCUCUAGACUGCGUGGGACGAAGAUGAUGACGAUGUCUUGAAGAAAAUCUAACAACUGGUUAACAUGGUCAUGGUCAAACAUUUGUGUGGAAUAAGAGUUGAACAAAUCUCGCUGAAACAUAUUUCAGCUGAAUAAACUGUUAUUCAACUACUAAUGUUACUUGGAGUCGGUCGCAUUUGCAAAACAUACGAAUACUUCUGGUGCUAGAAUACUUAUACAAUGUUGUAGGAAUGUCUACCGAAAUCGAGAUCAAUGAAUGUUGCGACAAUAUCUCGCAAAAUACCAGCGAGUAUUGUGAGGACAAAAUCGAUGAAACGCGCUUCAGUUCCGGAAUGCUGUACGUAGAGAACGACCAGAUGUUUCGGAAGGCUACUUCAGACGACGAGUUCGAUUUCGAUUCGGCCUUCAGCUCCGAAUCAAACAACGUCCUGACCGAUGAAAGCACUAACGAGGGUGGUGCAGCCGGACAUGACGAGUGUCUUGAAGAGAAUGAACGACUCCGGUCGUUGGAGGACGAGCAUGAGGCACUGUCUUCCAAUUUGAUAGCCCUCACGUCGCACUUUGCCCAGGUUCAGUUGAGACUGCGACAGAUAGUGGAAGCUCCCCCCGAAGAACGGGACAACCUGUUGAAAAAUCUAGAAGAGUUCGCGUUCCUGGGAAUACCUGAGCUGCAACAAGACUCCAACAAGAAGAACAUUCCGGAAAUUGUCGCAGACUUGGACAGAAGCCCGGAAUCGGUCGAGCAUCUACGCGAGAAACAGCACGCAUUGAUAGAUCAACUGAAGAAUCAGUUGAUAGAUUUGGAACGUUACGCCUAUGAAUCCGGAGCAGGCAUUCUUCCACACACCAUCCUGCUCGAGAAGCAAAAGGUCAUCAUCGACGAGAUCAAGAACAAAAUCAACUUGAAUUUGAACGAGCUCGACCUACCACAGUUAACUACCGAAGACUUGAGAAAUCAAGUAGACACGGCACUAGACGAACAGCUGGUGAACCCACUGAAGAUGAAGGAGCAACUCGUAUCGCAGCUAAAGACGCAAAUUCAGGAUCUGGAACGCUUCAUCAGCUUUCUGCAGACCAAUGAAAAGGAGGAAAUCAAGAAGCGGUUCUACCAGCAGCAAGAACUGGCUAAAGCCGAAGCAGCCGAACGUAGUGAGGCCCAAGAGCGAGCCAAGACUCGUUCGAUUUCCUCGCACAGCAAGAAGGACGCGAAGACAAAUAACCAGUUCGAGGGUAACGAGAAUGCUCCCAAGCGGGAAACACUAAACAGCAAAGCCUUCGGUCUCAUGGAUAAAGCCAGCACGAUUCUGCAUAUGUUUGCCCUGUCGCAGUUCAACUGCGGAAGCGAACGCAACCGCGAGCACUUCCAGCGGAACAUGAUGAAACGAUCGAAGGAGAACUGUUGGGGAGACAUUCGGGCAAAGUUGGAAAUCGAUGUGCAGGAAGUGGUUUCGCUAGCAAUGGACACGCAGGAGGAUUUCCAGCUAUCGGAAACAGCAAGUGAGUGUGGAGAAUCACGAACGGUGAGCGGCCGCAAAAAUUACGAACUGACAAUGGUGGUACGGAAACAGCUGGCCAAGACUAUCCAAGGACUGAUGCAGCAUGGGCUGCGAGGAAUAACAGAAAGCAGCGGCAGUCUUGUUCCGUUCAUUUCCGGUUGCUUUUCCGGGGGAGGUUAUCAUAGUCAAGGCCCUUCGAAAAACAGCGCGGAAGAGCGAUUCUAUCGCGGAGACAGUAGAAGGAAAAGUACUGGCGGCAUGACUAAGGCGGCUACGACACCGCCAAAGCGCAACUCAAGCUCACUGGAAGAGGAAGAGCCUAUAGAGAUGAAUCUGUUCACACAGUUGGAGGAAGACGAGGACGAAGAGGUGGAGUACUGUGAUGGAGACGAGUCGGAAAUGCAUGCGUGGGAGUUGUUACUAUUGUACUACAAUAUAAAGAACGGCGAUCGGUAUAAUUCAGCCCCAGCUAGGAAGCUCUCCGAGAGCUUCAACUUGGACUUGGUGGAAGGAAGGCCACAGUCCAAUAAGCAGAGUCUGUUGAGUGCGAUAGGGACGAUCAUCGCUCUACACAGUCCUUACAAAAGAAGUUACAAUUCACAGUUUAAAGCCUUCAUCUGUGCGGCACUGAACGCUCAAAAACUCACCCAAUGGCUCCACCUAAUCUACCAAUGCAAAGAGUUGGUCAGUUCGUACUAUACCAGUUGGAGUUAUGUCGCCAACACAGGAUUCCGUGACGCCCUGAAGACACUGGAUCGUCUCACGCAGUACCGGUUCGAUUUGCCAGUGGACCUUUCCGUUCGGCAGUUCAAAAAUAUCAAAGACGUAUUUAUGUAGAACUUUCUCCUUGGUUAGCUGCCAAUCAUUUCCACUACACAUGUAGUCUUCUAAAUCCUCGCGAUAAAGCACUGAUGAAUGUAGAAUUCCGCAAAUUUCCGCAAGAUUAACCGUAAACAUUCCGUUCGAAAGCAUUGCCUAAUACACUUUUCUAGUCAUGUAAGAAUCCUGCUAAUUUAGGCCUUUCCAACUACCAGCCAACACCCCGAGCUUAUGGUCACACAUAUAGCACAACGACUAUCCUACUACCACAGGCAAGCAGAUGCAACACUCUACUGGCUAUCCCUCAACUACCAUAUUAACGGUUGAUUCAUAACUCUGGUAAACCGUGUACAUACUAGUACAUUGAGCAUUAGGCGGUAAGACUUUUGCGGUAAUCAUUUCAAUCACAAUUUGUUCUAAGUGUUACGUCUGUUUGUCUGUAUUAUUACUAUCAUAAUUCCUACCACUAUUGCUCACAACAUUUCGAUGAAAAGUUAACAAUGCACUGAUCUAUCAAUAGAUAACCGAGAAGAAUAUUUAUUUAAAUACCAUCUUACUACAAGAAUAAUAUAUAGCAGGAACUUCAGAUUGUUACAGCAGAGAAGCAGAAUAAUGAAUAAUAGGAACGAAUAGUUGUGUUUUACGAAUACUAUGCUUUAUAUGACUAAUCCAAAGAACUAUAUCAACAAUAUUGAACAAUAACGAUUAAAAAAACCCCUGGAAAUUUAACCAUUAUACAACCGUGCAGGCAAAAGGAAAGGUAUUAUUGUUAAUUAUGAUCUUUAAAGUAAAUUGCGUUUUACGUCACCAAGAUGACGUCAACUGAUCCAAAGGAACCGUGUUAGCGAAUGUUGCCAUAUUACAUAAUAAGCGAAGAUGGGAAACGGA